CAAUUGUGCGAUCGUGAAAGUAAACGCAACGCGCGCAUUAUAAUUAUUUGAAAAUUAUACAAAAUACGAACCCUUUUACUGCUUAGAAUUAAAUUUUGGUGCGUGAAGUGUGGUGUGAGCGCGAAAAUGAAGAAGUGGAAAUGAGAGGAGAUGCGGUCUAUCUGAUCUAACAGGACCUUACUCCACUUAUCAGCUCCAAAACGCUCAAUUCAAGAGUAUGUGUUGUGGUGGAUUGACAAGACGCUGUGGUGUGAUGAGUUCUCGUGAGGAAGAAAUCUAUUUCCGAAAAUGAGACUACACUGGUUGGUGCUAAUAAUCGUCGGUUUUUUGACACGAGAUGUCUUGGGUAUUUGGAACAUGUUCGAUAUCAAAUACUGGAGAUGCGUCAUGAAAAAAACAGAUAUUUGCCCGGACAAGGAUAUCAAAUUUUAUUUAUAUACCCGCGAGUCGGGCACCAGAAGACUGAGAAUAGAUUUAAGGAACUACCACUCGCUGGAGUACUCCGGGUUCGUCCCCUCGCGGAAAAACGCGAUCAUCAUCCACGGCUUCAACGGGACCGAGAGCAAGACCCCCAUGACCAUCCUGAGAAACGCGUAUUUGUCUCGCAACGAUUACAACAUCUUCACGGUCGACUGGAUGCCGCUCGCGAAGUUUCCCUGCUACCUAUCGGCCUUAUCAAACAUGAAGCUAGUCAGUCAGUGUACGGCUAAAUUGUACGCUUUCAUAAUGGAGAACGGAGGCGAUGCCCGCGAAACGACCUGCGUCGGCCACUCUCUGGGGGCGCACAUCUGCGGCAUGAUAAGCAACCAUCUGGACGUCAAGCAGCACAAGAUCGUCGGACUGGAUCCGGCGCGGCCGCUCAUCAAUCGAUACGGAGACAAGUACUUCAGACUCACCAAAGACGAUGCCCACCAAGUACAAGUCAUUCAUACCAAUGCGGGGGUCCUGGGGGAGGUCAAUCAAGUGGGCCAUAUUGAUUUCUGCGUCAACGGGGGGCAGAUGCAGCCGGGGUGCAAGGGGCACAUUUUACGUCGAGCCCGGUGUAGCCAUUUUCAAAGUGCCUGCUUUUUCUCCACAACUAUACGGAAAACGAACGCGCAUUUAGGGCGGCCGUGUGUCACCACCUGCCCCAAGAAGUCCUCAAAUUGGGGGUACUUGCCCGGGAAGCCGGUCCCCAUGGGAGAAGACACACCGUUUGGGAUCAAAGGAAUGUUUUGCGUGGAUACUCACUCAAAUUCCGACUGUCCGUUCGAAUAAUAUUUUUUAAUCAUUUAAUAUAAAAAUACAAAAACAAGGAACUAGAAUUAUUCAUUUUUUUCAACAAUAUCGUCAAGGCACUCUUUCAGUUUUUUGAACUUCUUUUUAAAUUCGAUACCACAGCCCUUUGAUAGGCGGAAAUCCACUAGAAUUUUCCCCUGUAUUUCGAUGACGUUCGUCUUAAACAUGAGUUGAUUUUUCAUAAUAUCAACAGUUGAAAUCGUGACCUGAAACCCCGACUUAUUAAAGCCCCAAACGAAACUGCCAAACUUACAGCUCCGUUGCCAUCAAUCUGCCAAUUAUAAUGAAAAGUAUCUAGAACAGAGCACAAAACUUCCAAAGUUUUCUCGUAAUUAGUGGUAACAUAAAAUCUCGUCAUUCUCUUAACUAGAUUAUUAAAGUUAUCUUUGGUGAGUGGAGUCUCAUUGAAUUGAAUUUGGGAGCUCAGAAGCAUAUCGUCGUUAUGAGUGGGCUGCGAGAAGCACACAAGUUCGCGGUUUGUCCUGAGAUCAGUCACCAGCUGGUCUAUAGACGGCGGACGCACGGCUGGAGUCGGCUGAGACAAUAUCACAAUCGGAUUGGUGCGAUGCACGCGAGUUUCAGUCUCCAUCAUCGAAUUGAAACGCUUAACGGGAUUCAAAUUGGAAUCGUCCACGACAUCGGUUUUUUCUAAACAAAUAAAACCAUCAAACAAUGAA